AUGGCUAACCAAAACAACAACUCGUCAUUUACUUUGAGCUAUGCCGAGUUCAAAGCCGAUUCAGAGAGGAAACAUGCACACUUCGGGGAUGUUCCCGACCCUUCGGUGAAAAGAAGUCACACUUCAGAUGUGGUACCACCACAGGAGAGCCGGUUUGUGCGGCCUCGUACUGACUCUGAAUUCAGGGAUGCGUCUCCUACCAGAAUUCCUCGAGAUGUUUACGAGGAAGUGAGUGUUGAUAACGAUAUGGCAGUUUAUGUCGAUAUUGGCGGUUUUCAGCAAAACGUGAAGCGUGCUGCGACGGACGGCGCAUUGGCCUUGGAAGCCACUCGAGCACAAGUAGAGUUGGCAUUGGAGUCGCAUGAUCAGUUCUUUCGUGGCCACGAUGAGACAUUGGCUAAUAUAGAGGAUCCCAGAAAGUAG